CAUUCAUAUAUUAAAAAUAUGUAUUUUGCCUAAUAGCCAUAACUUAUUUGAACUUUCAGGUCGAUGUUAGAUUGUACUGAUGGUGUAAUAAACAGUCAAGAUGAGUCGAUAUUUAAGGCUUCUAUUGGCUCACUUGCUAAAUUUUCUAUCCAAGAACAGUACAAGGAAGGGACUUCUAACGUUGUCCGAACACUGGGUCUUACUGGAUUGUCCAUUAUUAAUAAUUUGCUUCCGCACGAAGAGGAAACCGUCAUAACGUCCAACGAUACUCAGAUGUGGCUCAAGGUAGAGAGUCCAGAGAAUUUGGCAAAUCUGACAGGAAUCCCAAGCAAUUCAUCCACAAAACUUAAAAUAUCGGAACAGCUCGGAAAAGUGUUAAAAGGAAAAUCAGAAAAUGUUGCUAUGGAGGUCACAACCAUUAAAAAUAAUCCCUACUGGUGGGAUGAGAGCGACAAAGAUGUUGCAUCUGAAAUAAUAUCUGUACGUGUUUGGGACUCGUCAUCGUCAAACAUGAAAUUGAUAGAUGAAGUUCCGGAACCACUGGAUAUUUAUUUGAACGUUAAAGAUUCUAAAUCUGAAACACUGACAGGACACGUAACAAUGCCAGACCCCUCUGACAACGACGACCAGAAGGACUCAGCAGUUGUGGUUCACACCUUUGAAGUUCCUCAAGAAAACAGCAAUGGGAAACUUUUUGUAGAGUUUACUAAUCUAGAAGACACAGAGUUGAUGGUGUUGAUGUCUAUUAAUUUACGUCCAGAUUAUGAAUUGAUGAUGAAAAGUGCGAAAAAGAUCACCUCAAAGGAGCCCUCAAUCAGUCAAGCGUUCGAGAAUGUGACUGCAGAUUCAUUGCAAUUCGUAGCGAUACUUCCAGGACCAAAUGUUUCUCCAAAAGAAACAGUCCAGUACUCGAUGGAUGUUUACACUAUACAAUGUAAAACUCGCCAGAUUACGUCGUGGUCAAGUCCUGCUUGUACGAUUGGGGAAGAAACUUCUAGAUCCGUUGUUCAUUGCAAAUGUUCUCAUAUGUCCUUUUUUGGAAGCAGUAUAUUCAUUGCUCCCAACACGGUGCAUCCUAUCAAUGACAUGUAUUUAUUCUUAUCUUUGAAGGACAAUUAUCUGGUGUUCCUUAUUGUCACGACGUUGUUGAUAUUAUAUGUGAUACUAUUGAUUUGGACUCUGGUACAGGACAGAAAGGAUAAGGUGAAGAGAAAAGUGAUUGUUCUCCAAGACAAUUAUCCAGGAGAAGAAUACGCUUACUUGAUUGUUGUCUAUACUGCGUUCAAUAUUGGUUCAGGAACUGACGCUAACGUCGGUAUACAGUUGAUUGGCAGCUAUGCAACAAGCAGGGCCCAUAUUCUGCGCAGCAAUGAAAGAAAAGUGUUAAGAAGAAAUUCGGACGAUUGGUUCCUUAUUUUCACACGAAGACAUCUCGGCACUCUGGAGUAUAUGAACAUUUGGCACGAUAACAGCGGCGUUCACCCUGACUGGUUUUGCAAGAAAAUAAUAGUGUUUGACAUAUCACACAAUCGCGGUUACACAUUUGUGGUGGAGCAAUGGCUGUCCGUGUGGCCGGGGGAGUACACACAAAUCGUAGUGGAUGUCUCAAGUGUCGAUGGCGUUUUCGAAUGGAAGCGUGUUAUAGUUCAGAAUAUUAUAUGCAAUUUACAGGAGAAGCAUUUGUGGUUCAGCAUUUUCUCGUCCCACCCUAGAGCAAUGGUAUCAAAAAGUAAGCGUUUGACUAUGGCUUUCUGCGUCAUCAUGAUUACAUUGUUAACUGGUAUCAUGUUCUAUGGAGUUGCAAAAGGAGGUGCUAUUGAGGAUGAAGCUACUUAUGAAAUAAAGCUAAGGCAGAUUAUCAUUGCUGUACAAAGUGCAAUCAUUGCUUUCGUACUGAGCUCAAUAGUCUUCACAUGUUUUAAACGAAGCCAAGUUAUAAAAUCAGCGCAAUCCACAGAGGUAGUAACGUACUCAAAUGUUUCAAUUGAUGUGCAAGAUAAACAGAAAGAAAAUACAGAUACACCAAGAACAAAGAAAAAAGGUAUUGUUGCACUGAUACUUUCUAAGGUUCUUCGUGGAUUGGCUAAAGGAAAACCAUUGAUUCCUGUUAUAGUUGGUAAAGAAUCUCCAGAAUCAAUAAUUAGAAGGAAACGGUGGGCAAAAUGUGGUUGGAUUACUUCUCAGAUUUUCAUUUGGGGAAGUGGGUAUUUGACAAUUUUGUAUGGCCUAAAGUUGGGAAAAGUUGUCAGCCAGCUUUGGGUAACGUCAGCAUCAUUUUGUUUCAUAAAUAAUAUAUUUUUUAGUGCUCCUAUCAGGAUUAUUCUUUUCGCCUUUAUAUCUUCUGCAUUUGGGGAAAUGUAUAACGUUAUGACUUUUGAGUGUGAAAUUAAAGCUGUUUCACAAAAAAGUAAAUAUGGAAAUCAAGAUCAUCUUAAUUAUUUGCUGAAGUUGAGGUCACAUCCAAUGUACCGACCUCUGACGGAGAAGAAAUUGCAGGAACUGAGAAAAUCUGCUUUGCGACGAAGCAAUAUUCUACACUUUGUAGAGUUUCUAGGAACUGUACUUUUUAUUUUGGUUUUGUUUAACAUUACUGGUGAGCUUUGGAAAAAAAGGAAUUAUUACAUAAACUCACAUCUUAAUUCAACCCUCUCAACUAACAAGAAGACGUCAGCCGUUGAGUUGCAAGAGGCAACGAAUCCUUCCAGCCUCAUUGAUUAUGUUAUAAGUACACUUGUUCCUGCCAUAUACAGAGAAAAGUGGUACAACAAAAAAACAAGUCUUACUUCUCCAGAAGAGACACUUGGUGCUAUGGGCUGGGUCGAAGAUGCUGCACACAGACAGAUAGGAGUACCACAACUCAGACAAUUACGUGUUAGACCAGAGAAUUGUACAACUAGUCAAAUGUUCAAUCUGACUGGGAUUGUGUGCUUGUCAGCCUUCAAUGAUAAAACAGAAGACAAGAGCAACUAUGGACUGAACUGGGGUCCAGUCAGUAAAUUUGUAAAUAAACCGGAGCUUGUACCUUGGAGUUAUACAAUUGAAGUGGAAAAUGAAUCACCAAUGUAUGGUAAAUCUGGAAAGUCCUAUCACAGUGGAGGUUAUAUAAUGAGGUUAGCUAAUACUCAGAAGGAAUCUAACAGGAUAAUAUCUGACUUGAUAGACACUGGAUGGCUGGAUAUCCGUAUGAGAGCCUUCAUCAUGGAACUUAGCCUCUACAACACCAAUACUGACACUUACAGUCUCAUAUCUGUUAUUAUUGAACAUCUUCCUUCUGGAGCCUUUACAAGUAGAGUCCAGGUUCUGACCAUCCAUCUUUCUUUCCACACAGUUCUUAUCUCCAUCUUUGGAUUUUUGUUGUUACUGUUCAACAUUCAUACCGUUAAAGUUGUAAAUAGAAAUGGUCUUACUGAAACACUGUGUAGUUUUUGGGGUUUAUAUGACUUUGUGCUGUUCGGUCUUUGUGAUGUGACCAUUGUUGCUGAAUUGGCGAAAAUACUAAGAUCAUCUACAGCCGUGCACAUCUUCCAACAAGUCGGAGACAGUGACUUCUUUUACUUUUCUAAUAUUGUUCACUAUCAAAGAGUCUCACUUACUCUGUGGAGUUUGAUUCUGUGUCUAGCUCCAAUAAGAAUAAUGAAAUUUAAACCUUUAGUUGACACGUGUAAAACAGCAUGUUAUACUUUGUACAAAAAUAAGAAACUAUUUUGUACGACUUCUUUUGUUGUAAUAUUUAUAUUUUUGUUACAGUUUCAUGUAAUCAAUUUCUCAAUAUGUCCUACAAAUCUAGCUUACAAUGUAGAUACUAAAUAUUUUGAGACAAGUACUGACCUGAAACAACGCAGAUCUCCCAGUGGUUGUAUAUUAACUGUUUCACUGUUGUUCUCUUUUACCUGUUACAUAGCAAUUGUUAUUUUUCAGACUAUUGUAAUAUCUUCUUAUAAAAGAGUGAAUCUUCAAUUCUUUUAAUGAAUAUACUUUUACUUUCAAAGUUACUCUUUCAAUACUCAUUGAUGAUAACUGAUUAAAAUUAAACACUACAUAGAGAUAUACCUACGUGCAAGACCAAUUAAGCUUUAAAUAUAGUAAUAGUAAUAAAAAUACUAAUUACAUUUUAUUUGUUUAGAUGUAAGAAUUACAUAGUGACUUUCCUGUUCCUGUGAAAUGUACGGCUAUGAAUUUAAUAAAAAGAUGAAUAUGGA